AUGGCGAAUACCGCUCAAUGCUACUAUUGCUUUGAGUCUCUCCUAGCAUCAUUCGAGAACCGCGAGCCCACCACUCUGGCAGCCGUAGAGGCCCUAUGGGAACAGCACGAGCAAACUAAGAAGUUGUCAAGUCUUAAAGAGCAAACUGAAGAUGAAGAAGAAGAAUAUGCAGCCCGACAGUCCGUAAAUGAGCAGGACGAAUAUGACGAUAGCAACCAAUCGCCCCAGUCGAGUAAUCAACCCAAGCAGCUGCAACUCCGCAGCGUCAGUCGUCUUCAGAGCCAAUUUUCCGCCUCUUCCAGUGCAGCCACACCUUCAUCAUCCGCAUCCACACCUUCUGCCAACUCGCUACAGUCGAGCUCAACCAAUAUCACCACGCCGAGUGCCGCUUCCGAGAUCUCCCAGCCAAGAUCACCUGAUCAGCGAUAUCCCCUGUUCGUAACAUGGAAUACUGUGUCACGAAGCGGACACAAGUCUCUACGCGGGUGCAUAGGCACAUUCGAGGGGCAGGAACUAGCAGCGGGGUUGAAGUCCUACGCUUUGACCUCGGCCUUCGAUGACACCCGUUUUGCACCAAUUCCCAAAUCCCUCCUCCCCUCGCUAUCAUGCUCUCUCACCCUCCUUGGGUCCUUCGAGCCAUGUACAAAUGCCAUGGACUGGUCUCUGGAUACCCACGGCCUGCGGAUCUCCUUCAUCUACCGCGGCCGUCGCUAUGGCGCCACAUACCUCCCUGAUGUCGCUGUCGAGCAGGGCUGGACCAAAGAAGAGACUGUGGAGAGCUUGAUGCGCAAGGCAGGCUGGGAUGGUGGUGGUGGCAGUACUGCACGGAGACUGCUGCGCGGUGCAGCUGGUGGGAACUCUAGCGUCACUAAGCCUUGGGACCAGGUCUCUGAUUUCCGUACUGUCAGAUAUCAGGGCCUCAAGGCAAGCGCUAGUUAUGCGGAGUGGCAAGAAUGGCGAGAGUGGGUUCUCUCUUUAGAUGAUGGGGAGGAGAUACUGGCAGGUGCAGAUUGA